AUGGCAGCGGCUCAAAACAACUUCUUCCUUUGGGGCACCUGGAAAAACAGGGUGAUCUCGAAGCCCUUCCUCACCAAGAAGGUGGCGCAGCAGCUUAAGAAAGUCGUCCUUGGAGAGAGCUUUGUCAUCGGCCUCACCGAGAAUGGCAAGGUCGUCUCCUGGGGCAAGGAUCUGAAGAGCGGAUGUCUUGGCUUGGGUUUCUCAGAGGACACCGGAGCGCCGGUGAUGAACCAAGACGUGCCUCAAGAGAUUGCCUCGCUCAAGGAGGUCAUGGACAUCCAGAUGGGUACAGAGCACGUUGUGGCGCUAACUACAGGGGGGGAGGUCUUCUGCUGGGGCAACGGACAGAAGGGCCAGCUUGGCAACGGCAACCAAAACACAUCAUACAUCCCUAGCAAGGUAGAUGCCCUGGCCAACGAACAGAUCGUCCAAAUCGUAGUCGUGAAGAACUCGACCUUCGCACUGUCCACCAACGGCACAGUCUUUGGCUGGGGUGAGAACAAGGACAAUAUUCUUGGUUUCGAGGACGAGACAGCGAAAAAGCAGAUCGCGGAAUGGCCCUUGAAGCUGACUCUGCUCCAAGAGAAUCGGGUACGAAAGCUCGAGGUUUUCGAUGGCAAGACCAUCAUUGCCCACAUUCGCGGCCAGGACAGCGAGACGACCUUUGGCCGCUUUGAGACGAUGCAAGAAGACGGUGGUCAGGAGGAAGAAGAGGAGAUCGAGAUCUUCAAGGGCAUUGAUGAAAUGCGCAAGAUCAUGGAAAAGACGCAGGAGUGGUGGAAUCACCUACUGAACAUCAAGCAUGGUCAGCCCUACGACCUCCCGCAGGAUUCUCACAUCAAUGUGGCCGACAGGGUCCAGAGCGGGAUGCCACGGAGUGUCUCGAGCCUCGGCCAGGUUGAGCCUGAGCGUCUCCACCGAGCGGAAAGGCAUUUGGACGCCUUGGUCACGGCGGCGGUGACAGAACUCAAACGGACGCAGCAGAUGCCAGGGACGAGGAAUGUACGCUUCAUCCUUUGCAUGUUCAUUGACGAAUGUCGCCUGAGAAGAGAGAAGGUGCAGCGCACGAUUGCAGCGCGCCAGCUGAAGGACGCCAAAGCGAAAUCCAAAGAGAUUGUGGCGUAUUCCGUGAAGGACUUCAGUUCCAAUGCGAACGAAAGCAUAAGAAAAAUCAUCGCCGUGACAAAGGACCUUCAGCAGAUGCUGGAUGCGGUAAAGACAAUUCAGCCGGUGGACGUGCCGAGUCAAGAGCUGAAGGCGACACUUGUGGAAUGCCUGGAGUGCAAGCUUCAGCUCCACGACAACCAGGUUGAGCUCCUGAAGGCCACAGAAGGAAAGCUUUCCGAUCCAAUGUUGCCCGCGCUCAGAAUCAUCAAGGAUCGCUGGGAUUCGCUGAAGCACUUUUCGCUCUACGCGCUCUACUUGGAGUGCGAGCAAAGGCAGCUUGACUUCGGUAACAGCGAUGACGAGCACUUGGCCUAUUUGGUUCGUGCCUCGAACGCUCAGAUAGAUCAAAUCCUGCAGAUCGACAAGGACCGGAUCAUCUCCCACGACUCCAUGGUGCCCGGGCUCUGUUACGACCUGCUUCGCGAGAAUGCGGAACUGCGCAAGAUGACGAAUUCGUACCAGCUGCAUGUCCUGAUGCUUUACCAGGGGAAGAACAUCUCCGAUGCCAGCAUAGGCAUGUCAACUGAUGCGGAAGAUACCGGCCUGGCGGCGAUCGACGGUGGUGCGAAUCAGAAAGUGACGUCUGUGUAG